AUGAGUCAACGUGAUAUUAUGCUAGAAGACCCAGUUGCUCGCCUUGGUGAGACAGACAUUACAUUCGGAAAUUUACAAAAGGUUGAUGAUGAAUUGAGUAAUGGGGCUGUAAACGAAUCUGGGUUAGGGUUUGAUGUUGAUAAUAGAAAUAGGGUUGAAAAGAUGGAGGAUAAAGGGAAAAAGGUUGGUUCUAAGAGCAGGGUCGUGGAAACUAGGGCUGGGGUUGAUUCCGAAGUCGAUGAGCCGAUUAGAGAUAUGGUUAAGAUGAAAAGCAAAAGAAACCAGAAAAAGCGUAAGGUGGGUUUUAAUGGUGAGGGGAUUGGGGACAGAGAAAUUGGAUUGGGUGAGGGGAUAGUUUUGGAUUUGAGUGAGGAUUUAGGGGGUAUGGGGGAUACUGAUACGUUGGCUAGUUUUAAGAAGAAGUUGAAGAAACCUAGGAAGAAAACUCUAUCUGGGAUGAUAGGAGGAGGGGUUCCAAAUAUGAUUGGGGCUGAACCAUCUGGUCAGAAGUCUUAUACCGAGGGAGUGAAAGAUGUGGUUUUGGCUAUGGAGAAAAGUAAGGAGGUUAUUUGUGAAGGAUCUCAUGAGAUUAUUGGUGCCUCAAAUGAGUGCUUGACUGAAAAUAUUGAAGAUUCAUUGUCUGCCUUUAUGCUUAAAGCACAAUCUGGUUUAAAGAGGAAGUCUCGCAAUUCCAUGGGGUUGAAACAGUUGAAAAAAAAUCAAUGUACAAAUGGUGAUUUUAGUCCGGGACCUGAUCAUGUUUUAGAGAACCAUUUGCCAGAAACAAUGGCGUCUCAAUCUCCUUUAGAACUGUUGACAGAUGUUAAGGGAUUUGACAGUGGUUUGAAUAUGGUGUCUGGAAGUUCUGUGGAUAUAAAGUGUGAUAAGAAUAAUAGUAUUAAAAAAUCCCAGGACACUGGUUGUAUGUUCUCCCAAGCUUCAAAAUUAUCUUCUACUCCAGUGAUUGCUGAUUAUGUAUUGAGAUCCACUGCUGACAGACACAGCGGAGCUGAAGUUAAGCUUGAUGAUUCAGCUACAAUAUCCUUUUCUCAACAAUCGGACUCCUAUCUAAAGUCAUGUGCUAUAUCAACAAACCAAGAUGAAGUGAUUGGGCAGAUAUGUGAUAUUCAAGAAGGAACCAAGCUAGAAACUCUUGGUUUAGACCAUCUUAUUGAGGAAAAUGCCAAGGGGUCCAUCUGUCUAGAAGUGAAGGAAAUCAACUGUCUAUCCGAGGAGCCUACCUUGGGAAAUGGAAGUUUGGAGGAUGAUAUUAAAAUCUCUUCAAUAGAAAAAUCAUGUGAUCUGGGUCAUAGUGUCAUUGAGACUCCUUUGUCUGUACAUGCUCUACAGCAGGUGCAUACUAUCAAUGUCUUUAACGUUGAAAGGCCAACAGAAGGUUUUAGUCAUAGUCUAGCUCAAGAAGGGUCCAAGGCUGUUGCGAAAAGUGAGGCUUCUAGUCCAGACCAUAAUAUUUGCCCAAAACUUGAAAAUGAUCCUAACAGGUCUUAUCUUGGUAAAGAUUCAAUGAACAAGCCAUAUGAAGUUACAACUGAUGAGACGACAAAGCUGAUUCCUGAAGAACUUACAGGGUCAACAUUUCUAUUGGACAACACAGUAAACUUCAAUGUGAAGAAAUUUGAGACACCUGAGCCCGAAAAGCCAAACUUUGCUUCUGCUUCCUCACAGGAGGAAGCUUCAGCAUCUUAUGCAGUCUCUCCAGAAUCACAAAGCGGAUUUCAUAAACAGGACAUUCCUUUUCGAGAAAAUCAGUCUAGGGAUUGCAAGCGAAACGGUGAUGAAUCUGAUAGCCUUAUGGACCAUGAGCUUCUUGACAAGUAUGACACCAGGGAUGAAGUGGCAGAUCGAUCCUCUUCUCCAUCCACUGCUCCAGAUUGUUCUAGAUAUUGUGCUGAUGAUAUGGAGCCGGUGCCUUACUCCAAUGUCAAAGACGAAAAGCUUCCGUCUGAGCGUGCUAUUCGUAACACCAGAAAGCAUAGGCAAUGGGACAUGGCGUAUGAGGGAGAUGCUGAUUGGGAUUUGCUGAUGCAUAAUGAGAAUUUCAUUGCUGAUAAUCAGGAUGAAGAUGAUAACCUGGUUAGGAAAAGGGAGAAAUUGAAACUGUCAAACAUGUUUUUAGAUGCUAAAAUCGAUCGAUCGGUAGCAGUAUCUUAUGGCCUCAAAGCUCGAGCAGCUAGUCCACUUGAGAAGAUUAGGUUUAAGGAGGUAUUGAAGCGCAAAGGUGGCUUGCAAAUGUAUUUGGAGUGCAGGAAUCAUAUAUUAGGUCGUUGGAACAAGAAUGUUAAUUGCAUUUUGCCUCUCUCAGGCUGUGGUGUUUCUGCUUCUCCUGUGGUUGAUGAAUCACCAGAAUAUUCUCUCAUCAGGGAGAUUUAUGCAUUUCUUGAUCACUUUGCUUAUAUAAAUGUUGGAAUUGCCUCUGAGAAGAGUUUGUCAGAGUCUCAUUCAAAAUUGGAUCUUCAAGUAUCAGAUGAGAAAAAUUUAGGGGGAAAACCCGAGGCUGCCUUUGGCGAUUUAGAUGAUGGAGUUUCAUUUAUUAUUGGCAGAAAUCUCGAUGCUUCAUAUGAACAUAAAAACAUGGCCGUACAUGAUAAUGAAAAUCAGGUAACAAUAGACAAACAAGACAGGCCCCCUCCUGAUUUGCAAGAUAUGAAGUCAUCGACACCAACAGAACCUGAAAAUUGUGAUGCUAGCCCUGAACAGGGAAAAGUAGACGAUAGAGAUUUAAUUAGAAUUGGCAGUUUGGAUAUAUCUAGUAAAGUGGUGGAUGGUAAAACAGCUCCUGUCAUGCAUGCAGAGCCCAAAAAAAAUAUAUGUCAUGUCAUAUCUGAUACAGGCGGUCAUCAAAGUGUUAGUCCUCACAUGCAGAUUGAUUCAGAAGUUGGUAAGCAAAUUAUUGUAAUAGGAGCUGGUCCUGCUGGCUUAGCUGCUGCUCGCCAUUUGCAGAGGCAAGGAUUUCAGGUUAUAAUUUUAGAGGCUAGAGGCAGAAUAGGUGGUCGUGUUUUUACAGAUCGAGCAUCUCUGUCAGUACCAGUGGAUCUUGGGGCUAGCAUUAUCACAGGUGUUGAAGCAGAUAUAUCUGCUGAAAGAAGACCAGAUCCUUCUUCCUUAAUUUGCUCUCAGUUGGGUCUCGAAUUAACGGUACUGAACAGUGACUGCCCUCUUUAUGAUACGGUCACAGGUGACAAAGUUCCUGCAGAUUUAGAUGAAGAUCUAGAAUCAGAAUUCAAUAGUCUACUUGAUGACAUAGAACUGCUGGUUGCUCGUAAGGGGGAGCGUGCGAUGAAAAUGUCUCUUGAAGAUGGUUUGGAAUUUAUCCUUCAGAGGCGUCGCUUAGUACAGAAUAAAAAAAUUGGUGUUAUUGGUAACGAGGUUCUCAAGGAUAGUGAUUCCAAAGUGGAGAUUUUAAGUCCUCUUGAAAGGAGGGUCAUGGAUUGGCAUUUUGCUCACUUGGAGUAUGGUUGUGCUGCUUCGCUAAAUGAUGUGUUGCUUCCUUACUGGAAUCAGGAUGACAUAUAUGGUGGAUUUGGAGGAGCUCAUUGUAUGAUUAAAGGAGGUUAUAGCACUGUAGUUGAAGCGUUGGGACAAGGUCUUUGCAUCCAAUUAAAUCAUGUGGUUACUAGUGUUACGUAUCACACAGAGGAUGUAAUGACAAAUGGAGAUAAACAUGACAAAGUGAAAGUUUCCACAUCAAAUGGUAGAGACUUCUUUGGUGAUGCAGUUUUGAUCACUGUUCCACUUGGGUGCCUAAAAAAGGAAUCGAUAAAGUUUGCACCACCAUUACCACCUUGGAAACAGCUGUCCAUCCAAAGGCUUGGUUUUGGUGUGCUUAAUAAAGUUAUUUUGGAAUUCCCCGAAGUAUUUUGGGAUGAUUCUGUUGAUUACUUUGGUGCAACUUCUGAUGCAACAGACAAGAGGGGUCGCUGCUUUAUGUUUUGGAAUGUCAGGAAAACAGUUGGGGCACCUGUUCUGAUAGCUUUACUUGUGGGCAGGGCAGCAUUAGAUGGGCAAGAUAUGAGCUCUUCUGAUCAUGUAAACCAUGCUUUGGUGGUUCUCAGAAAACUUUUUGGGGUGUCUGUGGUACCUGAUCCAGUUGCGUCAGUUGUAACUGAUUGGGGAAGGGAUCCAUAUAGUUAUGGUGCUUACUCUUAUGUUGCUAUUGGUGCAUCUGGGGAAGAUUAUGAUAUAUUGGGUAGCCCUGUAGAGAAUUGUUUGUUUUUUGCUGGUGAAGCUACAUGUAAAGAGCAUCCAGACACGGUUGGUGGUGCUAUGAUGAGUGGGCUUAGAGAGGCUGUUCGCAUAAUGAAUAUAUUGACUACAGGAGUUGAUUAUACUGCAGAAGUGAAUGCAAUGGAAGCUGCUCAAAGAUCUGUGGACAGUGAAAGAAGUGAAGUUAGGGACAUCGCUAAAAGACUUGAAGCUGUGCAGAUGUCAAAUGCAUUGUACGAGAAAUCUUUAGAUGGAAGCCAUGCUAUAACAAGGAAAGAUUUACUGCAGGAUAUGUUCUUUAAAGCAAAAACCACAUCUGGUAGAUUGCAUCUGAUCAAAGAGCUGUUAAAGUUUCCUGUUAGAGUUUUAAAGUCUUUUGCUGGGACCAGAGAAGGCCUCAGCAUUCUCAACUCAUGGAUUCUGGAUUCCCUAGGGAAGGAUGGGACUCAACUCUUGCGGCAUUGUGUUCGUCUUCUUACACUUGUUUCAACUGAUCUACUGGCAGUUCGUGUGUCUGGGAUUGGGAAAACUGUUAAAGAAAAAGUUUGUCUACAUACAAGCCGUGAUAUACGUGCUGUAGCAAGCCAACUGGUUAAUGUGUGGAUUGAAGUUUUUCGCAAGCAAAAGGCGUCCAGUGGUGGGCUGAAGUUAUUGAGGCAAUCAAGUGCCAUCGAGUCUUCAAAAAACAAAUAUCAUCUGGGUUCAGGAAAGCCCCCCUUACGUACCCCACAUGGCGCACCACCUCCGAACAAUAAAAAGGGGAACAUUAACCCGGACAAGAUGGAGAACAGGAUUGAAACAAAAUCAAAGGCAAAACUUUUAUCUGCAGGCUCAACAGGAAGACAUGAAUUUAAGAUGGAGGAACAAGAAUAUCCCAUGUCAGAAGAAGAACAAGCUAUCUUUGCUGCCGAAGAAGCAGCACGUGUUGCAGCAAUUGCAGCCGCUAAGGCAUAUGCAUCAUCAGGUACCAGGUGCAAUACUCCUCUGCAGUUUCCCAAGAUACCUUCGUUUAACAAAUAUGCUAGACGUGAGAGCUAUGCGCAAGUGGAUGAGACUGAUAACCAUAUAUUGGAGAUAGAUUCCAGAAAUUGUAAGGUUAGGGAAUGGUCUGCUGAUUUCUCAGCUGCUCAUAUUGACCUAGAGAGUUCAAAAAGGUCUGUUGAUAAUCUCUCGCAGCGUAGCUACUCAAAUGAAAUAGCGUGUCAGAUGAACUUUAGAGAGCACUCUGCUGAUAGUGCGGCCGUGGACAGCAGUAUAUUCACAGAAGCAUGGGUUGACAGUGCUGGUUGUGAAGGUAUAAAGGAUGUAAGUGCCAUUGACAGAUGGCAGUCGCAAGCUGCAGCAGCCGAUGCUGAGUUCUACAGUCGCACUAUGCGAAUAAUGGAUGAGGAAGAUUCUAACGUGAACUUGAAGCCACCAGUGAAGAAUCAUGAUGGUCAUGCCAAUGGGAGCUCUGCUUCCCAAGUUACCAUGAGUAAGGAGUUGGUCGAGAAUCAACCUAGAGGACCGGAAAAAAUUAAACAAGCUGUCGUGGAUUUUGUUGCAUCUUUGCUCAUGCCUAUUUAUAAAGAUAAAAAAGUCGACAAGGAUGGUUACAAGUCAAUAAUGAAGAAAACUGCAACCAAGGUCAUGGAGCAGGCCACAUAUGCAGAGAAAUCAAUGGCUGUUGUAGAGUUUCUUGAUCAUAAGCGCUGAAAGAAGAUUCGAGCUUUUGUGGUCAUGUUAGUUAAGAGACACAUGGCGACUAAACUAGGUGCUAAAUCAUGA